AUGGCCAAGGACAGUAUUGUGGUGCUCUAUACUUCUCUGGAAGUGCUGAUCGCUGUGGCAUGUUGCCUUGGCAACCUCCUGGUGAUCUGGGCAGUGUGGACGUGUGGCGGGAUGCGACGGCAGCCCACCUUCCGCCUCAUCGCCUCUCUGGCCGCAGCCGACUUUCUGGUGGGGGCAGUGGCCACGCCGUUGCGAGUUCUAGCGGACAGCCGGGUCCAGAUGUCUUUCUAUGGCUGCCUCACCCUCUGCUGUGUGGUGAUAUUCCUAACUCAGGUGUCGGUGUUCUCCCAGCUGGCUCUGGCGUUUGAUCGUUUCCUGCGUGUAAUCAUCCCCUUCAGGUACAAAACCACGGUUACCCUUCAUCGCUGCUGGUGGGUGGUGGCUGCAUGCUGGCUAAUGGCUGCUACAGUUGGCUUCACUCCCCUCAUGGGCUGGAACAACCACACCAGCAUGUCUCAGAGCAACCGGUCCGAGUGCCAGUUCCUGAACGUCAUGUCCAUGUCCUUCCUGGUCUACUUCAGCUUGUACACCUGCUUCCUCCUCCCCAUGCUAAUCAUGACCAUAGUCUACUGCUGCAUCUUCAUCCUUAUCCAGCGCCAGCUGAGAAGCACCAGCACCGUAGUGUCCCACUCCUACUACCACAAGGAGCGGAACCUGGCCCGCUCCCUCGUUCUGGUGUUGGUGUUGUUCGCCGUCUGCUGGCUCCCGAUCCAGUUAAUGAACAUGGCUACUUUUUACGGGACAAAGUUCACAGUUCCCCGCCCGGCCCUUUAUGUGGGCAUCCUACUCUCUCAGGCAAACUCAGCCAUUAACCCUGUCUUAUACGCCCUCAAGAUCCAGCAUAUACGAGCUGCCUCGAAAAAGAUAUGGAGGAGGUUCUUCCGGUGCAAAGAUGAACCACAGAGCAGCCAGACAUCAGGAAGUGAUAACAGCAGCAACCCCAGGAAAACUAGAGAUGAAAAGGAUACUAAAAGUGUUGAAACAACAAGGGAAGGUUGAUCAUUUGUUUUAUAGUUUAAUAUACAGUAUGGAACUCUUAAACAUUUAACGCACACAUUAGCUACAUGGAUGGAUCCAUAUGGAUAUCCAUAGAUAAUGCAUCUCAUUCUUUUUUUUUACGAUUCACAAUUUUGAUAGUUCAACAGACAAG